GGAGGCAUGAGUCAUCUCAUCCUAGAAUAGAUGUUUAAAAGAAGUCAGAAGAAUCAUGAACUAGAAGUGCCUCAUUCUCUCCACUGGCUAUGAAGGGAUGCUAAAACAAUAGCAGCUCUUGUUAAUGCAGCACGCGAAUCUAGUGCUGCUCAGAUAAAUCAGCUGCAGUCUGCAUUGAAGAGCAUUGCUUAUGAAAUUGAAUUGCUGGAUGAGAAGCAAACCCUUUGUGAAAGACAGAAUGCUGCACUGUGUGAGGAACAAGAAUACUUGCAGACACAGCAUAAAAGAAGAGUAGACUUGCUGAAUGAAAGGAUGGCAACAAAAAUUAACACAAAUGUUCUGUUAAUUGAGACUUACAAUAAAACAAGGGAGACAGAAAGAGAAAUAAUCAGGGCAAAGGCAGCGUUACAGGAAUUAAAAGAAAAAAUAGGUGAAAAAAUCAGUAAACUUGAGAAAGAGAAUGAAGAAUGUGAUGAAAAGAACAGGGAAAUGAAAAACAUGCUUGAUAUUCAGGAGGCAAAAACUUCAGCAAAAAAGGAUGAAUUUGAAAAAUUGAAUAUAAAAUUAAUGGACCUACAACACUUGAUAAGUCUGACUUCAACAGCUAUAUGUAACGAGAGAAAUCUCAUAGCAAAUCUGAAAAAAGAGAGUGAGCAUUUGGAAGAAAAAAUUGAAUUUAAAAAGAGAGACAUGCUGGGAGUCUUGGAAAAGAAAAAUCAGCUUGAUUCUGAAUUACUGCUUUUACAAUCAAAAAUUGCACAAGAAAAAGAAGAUUUUGAUAAGGAACUUGAAAAGGCUAAGGAGUAUCUACAGAAUGCUGAAUGCCUGAAUAAAAAACUUAAAUCGGAAAAUAAAGCUGCGCGCCAAAAGUUUGAACAAGCACUGAAAGAAGAAAAACACUGGGCUAGAAAAAGGGACGAGAUGGAGGCAAAAUCGAAGCAAUUAUCCACUUUGUUGAAUGAAAAGCUUGAAUUUCUGGCAAAUCUUGUGGUGGAAAAGAAGAACCUAGAGAUGGAAAUCAAAAGUCUUGAAGACAGCCUGCUAAUAUCAAAGGAGAUAUAUGCAAAAGAACUGGCAUCUCUAGAGCAAAAAUUGAAGACAGAAAAAAAGAUGAGAGUAAUGCUUCAGUGGAAGCUACUGUACUUAAAAAAGCAGAGAAAACUCUUUUUCUCAGAGGAGGAGAACAUAAGCAGAGAAGCGAGUGAAAGGAUAGAGGCUCUUAGAAAAAGGCAUGCUGAACUACUUCUGAAGACUGAAGACCUUGAGAAAGAAAUUCUUCAGUCUGAAAACCGAAUCAAAGCACUGAGUGAAGAAGCAAAUAAGAGGGAAAAUGAUUACAGGAAUUAUAAUGAAGAUUUCAUUAACAAAAUGAAAUGUCUGGAGAAUGACAUCAAAACUGCAACUGAAAAUCUGCUUAAAAAAGAACAAGAAUUAAACGUAAGCAGGCUAACCUUGGAAGAAACCCAGAAAGAAAAAGAAGAGAAGUAUACAAAAUAUGAAGAACUGAAUAAAUUGUUUUCAGAAAAGAAAGAUGAAGAGGUAAGAAUCAAAAGAGCCAUUCAGCAGUCAAUCAAGACUACUAGGAAGCUCAAGGAGGACAUGCUGGAGCUAAGAAAUAAGCUGCGGAUCACACGUGAUGCUGCAGUUAGUCAGCUGAAGAAUCACACAGAGAGUAUGAAGUUGCUGGAAAGAGACAUCUAUGAGAUCAAUAGAAAACUUGACAUUGUGAACACGGAGAACUGCAGAUUCAAAUUAUACAAUCUGCAGAUGAAAGAAGAUAUUUUUGCAAUGAAUUCUGAAGCAGAAAACCACAAGUCAGCAACAGUCAAAAUUCUGAAUGACCUAGCAGUGCUUCGUGAUCUUCUUCUGAAGGCAUGGUCAGAAGACAGCUCUAUUCAAAAGGAAUUUCUGGAGAACGAGCAGGAAAUUCUGAAUGCAGUGACAGCCCUAGCAACGAAAAUUCAACAUCGAGAGGAGAAGAUUGGUGAUAUUAAUAGCAGGCUACAAAAUAACCUGGAAGGACUGGAUUCUCUGUUUGAAAAAAAAUCUAGAAUGGAUGAGCACUGUAAGAUACACCAAACUUUUUCCCCUAAUUUGUUUUCAGUCCCAGAGGAGUUCUGUUAAAUAUUUUAAUUCUUAGUAGCCUGUGACAAAAUACAAGUAAUACAGCUGUGUUAAAUCAGCUCACUCUGCUGUAGAUUCAGAUUUAGUGGAACAGUUAGUGCAUUUUUUUUUUGUUAGAAGAACUUGCCAUGCUUUAUCACACAGCCUGGAUAUUAACUUUAAUUUCCUCUUUCUAAAGGCUUGUGAUAACCACAGUGAGGGGGCUGUAAAAUUGUCUGAGCAUCACUGGUCUUUCCGGAAUUACAUGUUUGCUUUUCCACAAAGGAUAAAUAAAACUAACAAACUCGAACUCCUGCAGCUUGUUGUUGUGUGGUUACCACUGUAGGAAUACAUGGUUAAUUAAUGUUUGUGUUGUCUAGAAUUUUACCUGUGGGCAAUUUGUACUGCUGUUUCCAUUUAAAUGCAUGCCAUUCUAUACUGCAGUAUAGUAGAGGUGUGCGGUGGUGUUAUUACACUGGGGCCCUAGAUGCAUACACACCAAAUUGCUUGCUUCAGGUCCUCAUUUUAACUUGAAUCCUGUAGAUUUCUG